AUGAUGACAUCUCCAAGGUUUGUCGUCUAUGUGACAUGGUUGUUCUUGUGGAAAAUGGCUCAUGCAACGGAUCUGCGUCAAGAGAGAGGUUUUGCAUCAGUCAAUGUUGGAGACAACAUGACUUUGCAAUGUGUCUAUCAGAGUAACGUUAAACCAUGGCUUUACUGGUAUAAACAAAUGCUGGGGAAACAACCAAAGCUGAUCGCCACUGUUCAUCCGUUUAGCACAAAUGCCACUUUUCAUGAUGAUUUCAAGAAUAAUCCACGCUUCACACUGGAUACUAAAAAAGAAGAUCGUAAUGACUUGACAAUAUUUUAUGUCAAAUUUUCAGACUCAGCAACUUACUACUGUGCAUAUAGCACUUUAUUUGUGUUGACCUUUGCAGAGGGCACUGUUGUCAGUGUGCAGGGUUCUAGUACAAACAUCCCAGCUUUGCUCCAUCAGUCACCAUCAGAGACCAUCCAGCCAGGAGGCUCUGUGACUCUGAACUGUACUGUACAAACUGGGACCUGUGAUGGACAACACAGUGUUUACUGGUUCAAAGACUCUGAAGAAUCUCAUCCAGCACUUAUUUACACUGAUGGAGGCAGCACUGAUCAGUGUGAGAGGAAAUCCAACACAACCCAACGCUGUGACUACAACCUGCCGAUGGAGAGCCUGAAUCUGUCUCAUGCUGGGACCUACUACUGUGCUGUUGCCUCGUGUGGACACAUUCUGUUUGGAAACAGGACCAAGCUGGAUUUUGUAGACACGGGUGACCAUCUUCUCCUGGUGUAUUUAUUGAGCGGAGCUUUGGUAUUCACAACCAUCUUAGUGGUUUUACUUUUUUUUUUGGUCUACAAGCUGAACAAGAAAAAGAGCUGUCAAUGUUCGGAGUCUCACAGAAUUGUUUCAGCUCCCUCCAGAGGAAACACAGAGGGUUACCAAAACGCACAGAGCCCUCAUUAUGCUGCUUUAAAUCUCAAUGUGCCAAACGCAUCAAGGAGGCAGAAGAUAAACACUGAUGUUGAAUGUGUGUACUCCGGCAUUAAUCAGUAA